UUGCUUUUCUUUCUCAGAAUGGUUUUUUGCACGGCCGUCAAAAGUAGAAGAGAGGAAGACCCCGAGAACAGAUCCGCAGAGUUUCUGGCCCUCAUUGUUCCUGAACCUGCUGUGAUGGAGCCAGGUAAAGUGGAAGUAGAACAUAUCCAGGACAGAACUGCCUACUUCAAGCACCAUUUGAUGGAUUAUUCUUAAUUACUUCCAACAGGACAAUUAGAUCAGAUUGCCUCCCGGACCCCCUUUUGUUGAUGUGGAAGAGACCGAUCAGAGGGCCAUGGAUGUGAAAGACAGAAAGCCAUACCGUUCUUUGACCAAACGUUGCGAUGCUGAACGCCGCUACACCAGCUCCUCCGCAGAGAGCGAGGACAGCAAAAUCCCGCAGAAGUCGUACAGUUCCAGCGAGACUCUGAAAGCCUAUGACCAGGAUUCCAGAAUGAUCUACGGCAAUCGGGUUAAAGACAUGGUACCCCAAGAAGCAGACGAGUACUGUCGAACGGGAACCAACUUCUCUUUACAAGAAUUGGGCUUCGAAGAUGUCUCGCCACCCCAUGGGACUUUAUACCGGACUGACUUAGGGCUGCCCCACGGCAGCUACUCCAUCAGCGCUGGCUCCGACGCCGAUACGGAAACGGACGCCAUCAUGUCGCCAGAACACCCGGUGCGAUUGUGGGCACGUAGCACCAAGUCCGGACGUAGCUCCUGUUUAUCCAGCAGAGCCAACUCCAACCUUACCUUGACCGACACAGAACACGACAACACAGAAACAGGCCCCCCCUUGCAUUGCUCAUCUGCCUCCUCCACCCCCGUGGAGCCCUCCCCCUCUCCCUCCCCCUCCCCACCCCCCUCCCCGCCAGCCAAUGAGAGCCAGAGAAGGUUGCUAGGCGAUGGUGUCGCCCAGCCAACUCAGGAGUCUGACUCCGAAGAAGAGUUUGUCCCCAAUUCAUUCUUAGUUAAAAGUGGCUCUGGAAACCUCUCUCUCCCAUCGAAUGAUCAUCCAAAUCUUUCGAACCCCUCGAGACUACGGACCCCUCCGCCUCCUCUCUCUCACGCCCACACGCCAAACCAACACCACGCCGCGUCCAUCAACUCUUUAAACCGAGGGAACUACACACCACGCAGUAAUCCCAGCCCUGCCCCCACGGACCAUUCGCUCUCCGGAGAACACCAGGCAGGGAACCAAGAACCUACGCACGCUCAGGACAACUGGUUACUAAACAGUAACAUCCCCCUGGAGACCAGGCACUUCCUCUUCAAGCCUGGAGGGACGUCUCCGCUCUACUGCACCACCUCGCCAGGGUACCCCUUGACAUCCAGCACGGUCUACUCGCCACCCCCUCGGCCCCUCCCCAGAAGCACUUUUUCCAGGCCUGCCUUUAACCUGAAGAAGCCAUACAAGUAUUGUACCUGGAAAUGUGCCGCUUUCAGUGCUAUCCUCAUCUCCAUCACUCUGGUGGUGCUGCUGGCAUAUUUUAUAGCCAUGCACCUGUUUGGCCUAAACUGGCACCUGCAGCCGAUGGAAGGGCAGAUGUUUGAGAUCACGGAAGACACAGCCGGCAGUUGGCCAGUGCCAACAGACGUCUCCUUGUAUUCCUCAGGGGGCACAGGGUUAGAGUUACCUGAGAGGAAAGGCAAAGGAGCCGGCGAAGGAAAGCCCAGUACGUUUUUUCCCGAAGACAGUUUUAUAGACACCGGGGAGAUCGAUGUCGGCCGACGGGUUACACAGAAGAUCCCUCCCAGCAUAUUUUGGAGAUCUCAGGUGUUCAUCGACCAUCCUGUACAUUUGAAAUUUAAUGUUUCGUUGGGGAAAUCAGCUCUGGUUGGGAUUUAUGGACGAAAAGGACUCCCGCCUUCGCACACCCAGUUUGACUUUGUCGAGCUGCUGGACGGACGGAGGCUUCUGAGUCAGGAAGCUAGGAAUCUGGAAGGACCACAACGGCAGCAAAAGAGCUUUGUGCCACCGGCCAGCCAUGAGACGGGAUUCAUUCAGUAUUUGGAUUCUGGAAUGUGGCACCUGGCUUUUUACAACGAUGGAAAAGAAUCCGAGUUAGUCUCCUUUCUCACCACCACUGUUGAAUCGGUGGAGAACUGUCCCAGCAACUGUUACGGAAACGGGGAUUGCAUUUCUGGAACCUGCCAUUGUUUCCUCGGAUUUUUGGGCCCUGAUUGUGGACGAGCGUCUUGCCCAGUGUUGUGCAGUGGGAACGGACAGUACAUGAAAGGACGUUGUUUAUGUCACAGUGGGUGGAAAGGAGCCGAGUGCGACGUCCCCACCAAUCAGUGCGUCGACGUCUCUUGCAACAGCCACGGGACGUGCAUCAUGGGAACCUGUAUUUAACCCGGCUACAAGGGAGAGAGUUGUGAGGAAGUGGACUGUAUGGACCCCACCUGCUCAGGACGUGGCGUCUGUGUGAGAGGAGAAUGCCACUGCUCCGUGGGCUGGGGAGGGGCCAACUGUGAGACCCCAAGAGCCACUUGUCUGGAUCAGUGUUCGGGCCACGGAACUUUUCUGUCUGAAACCAGUCUCUGCACUUGUGAUCCCAACUGGACUGGGCACGACUGUUCCACAGAGAUCUGCGCGGCCGACUGUGGGGUCCACGGCACCUGCGUUGGGGGAGCCUGCCGCUGCGAAGAGGGCUGGAUGGGGGCGGCUUGCGACCAGCGAGCGUGUCACCCGCGCUGCAACGAACACGGGACCUGUCGGGACGGCAAGUGUGAAUGCAGCCCCGGCUGGAACGGAGAACAUUGCACCAUCGAGGGCUGCCCCGGGUUGUGUAACGGCAACGGUAGAUGCACUCUGGACAUGAACGGGUGGCACUGUGUCUGCCAGCUGGGCUGGAGAGGGACAGGCUGUGAUACGUCCAUGGAGACGGCGUGCGGAGAUGCAAAAGACAACGAUGGAGAUGGGUUAGUGGACUGCAUGGACCCCGACUGCUGCUUUCAGUCUCUGUGCCGGACCAACACGCUCUGCUUGGGCUCUCCAGAUCCCCUGGACAUCAUCCAGGAGACACAGGCCCCCAUGUCCCAACAGAAGCUCUACUCUUUCUAUGAUCGGGUCAGGUUUCUCGUUGGCAAGGACAGCACCCAUGUCAUUCCGGGAGAGAAUCCGUUCAGUGGAGGGCACCCUUGUGUCAUUCGUGGGCAGGUGAUGACAGCAGAUGGAACCCCUCUGGUCGGCGUCAACAUCAGCUUUGUCAACAACCCGCUUUUCGGCUACACCAUCAGCAGACAAGAUGGCAGUUUUGACCUGGUCACGAACGGCGGGAUAGCCAUCGUUCUGCGUUUCGAGCGGGCGCCCUUCAUCACUCAGGAUCACACCCUCUGGCUGCCAUGGAACCACUUCUUCGUCAUGGAGACCAUCGUCAUGCGACACGAAGAAAAUGACAUCCCCAGCUGUGACCUGAGCAACUUUGCCCGGCCCAACCCUGUGGUUUCCCCCACUCCGCUGACCGCCUUCGCCAGCUCCUGUUCCGAACGAGGCCCCAUCGUGCCAGAAAUCCAGGCUUUACAAGAAGAGAUUAAGAUUUCAGGGACUAAAAUCAAGCUAAGCUACCUGAGCAGCCGUACUUCUGGCUACAAGUCGGUCCUGAAGAUCAGCUUAACCCAUCCCACCAUCCCUUUUAACCUGAUGAAAGUCCACCUCAUGGUUGCGGUGGAAGGACGCCUCUUCAGAAAGUGGUUCGCGGCAGCUCCCGACCUCUCCUAUUACUUCAUCUGGGACAAGACGGAUGUCUACAAUCAAAAGGUCUAUGGGUUAUCGGAAGUCUUUGUCUCAGUGGGAUACGAAUAUGAAUCGUGCCCGGAUUUGAUCCUGUGGGAGAAACGGACGGCGGUGCUCCAAGGUUACGAAAUAGACGCUUCAAAACUUGGAGGAUGGACUCUGGACAAACAUCAUGCGCUUAACAUCCAAAGUGGUAUCCUGCACAAAGGAAAUGGGGAAAACCAGUUCAUCUCCCAGCAACCCCCGGUUAUAGGGAGCAUUAUGGGGAAUGGACGCCGAAGGAGCAUCUCCUGCCCGAGUUGCAACGGCCUGGCUGAUGGCAACAAGCUUCUGGCGCCCGUUGCUUUGACCUGCGGCUCGGACGGCAGCCUGUAUGUUGGAGACUUCAACUACAUCCGAAGGAUCUUCCCUUCGGGGAAUGUCACCAAUAUCUUGGAGUUAAGAAAUAAAGAUUUCAGGCAUAGUCACAGCCCAGCUCAUAAAUAUUACCUGACCGCCGAUCCCACCUCUGGAUCCAUCUACCUCUCUGACACCAGCAGCCGUCGCAUCUUCAAGAUCAAGUCGACGACGGUGAUCAAAGACAUUGUGAAGAACUCGGAAGUGGUAGCUGGGACAGGAGACCAGUGCCUUCCGUUCGAUGAGACCCACUGCGGAGACGGAGGGAAAGCAACCGAGGCCACCCUAACAAGCCCCAGGGGCAUCACAGUGGACAAGUUUGGGUUUAUUUAUUUUGUGGAUGGUACGAUGAUCCGACGUGUGGACCAAAAUGGAAUCAUCUCAACGGUCCUCGGUUCUAAUGACCUGACGUCCACCAGACCUCUGAGCUGUGAUUCAGUCAUGGAUAUCUCCCAGGUUCGUUUGGAGUGGCCCACCGACCUGGCCGUCAACCCAAUGGACAAUUCUCUCUACGUUCUGGACAACAACGUCGUGUUGCAGAUCUCCGAAAACCACCAGGUGCGCAUCGUGGCAGGCCGGCCAAUGCACUGUCAAGUCCCAGGGAUUGACCACUUCCUUCUGAGCAAGGUAGCCAUUCAUGCCACGUUGGAAUCGGCCACGGCGGUGGCGGUCUCACACAGCGGCGUCUUGUACAUCGCCGAGACCGACGAGAAGAAGAUCAACCGGAUCCGACAGGUCACCACGAACGGCGAAAUUUCGCUGGUCGCCGGAGCCCCCAGCGGCUGCGAUUGUAAGAACGACGCCAACUGCGAUUGCUUCUCCGGAGACGACGGGUAUGCCAAGGACGCCAAGCUGAAUGUUCCGGCUUCCCUCGCGGUGUGUGCUGAUGGGGAGUUGUACGUGGCUGAUCUUGGGAACAUCCGGAUCCGUUUUAUCCGGAAAAAUAAACCUUUCCUGAACACCCAGAACCUGUAUGAAUUAUCCUCGCCCAUUGAUCAGGAACUCUACCUGUUUGAUGCCAGCGGCAAGCACGUUUUCACGCAGAGCCUCCCGACCGGAGAUUACCUGUACAAUUUCACCUACACGGGAGAUGGCGACAUCACCCUCGUGACCGACAACAAUGGAAAUUUGGUUAAUAUCCGGAGAGAUUCGACCGGGAUGCCACUGUGGCUGGUGGUGCCAGAUGGCCAGGUCUACUGGCUCACAAUGGGCACCAACAGCGCCCUCAAGAGUGUGACAGCACAGGGCCAAGAAAUAGCCAUGAUGACCUACCAUGGCAAUUCGGGCCUCCUAGCUACCAAGAGCAAUGAAAAUGGGUGGACCACAUUUUACGAAUACGACAGCUUUGGACACCUCACUAACAUCACUUUCCCAACCGGUCAAGUCACCACUUUCCGGAGCGAUACGGACAGCUCUGUCCACGUCCAGAUUGAGACCUCCAGCAAGGACGAUGUAACCAUCACCACCAACCUUUCGGCAUCGGGGGCCUACUACACCCUCCUGCAAGAUCAAGUGCGCAACAGCUACUACAUCGGGGCAGACGGUUCUCUCCGCCUGAUAUUGGCAAACGGCAUGGAGGUGGCUCUCCAGACUGAACCCCAUCUCCUGGCGGGCACCGUGAACCCCACGGUGGGGAAGAGGAACGUGACUCUGCCCAUCGACAACGGUCUCAACCUGGUCGAGUGGCGGCAACGGAAAGAACAAUCCAGAGGCCAGAUCACCGUGUUCGGACGCAGGCUGAGGGUUCAUAACCGAAAUUUGUUAUCCCUUGACUUCGACCGCGUGACACGAACCGAGAAGAUUUACGACGACCACCGGAAAUUCACUCUGCGCAUUCUCUACGACCAGGCGGGACGGCCUACGCUCUGGUCUCCUAGCAGUCGUCUGAAUGGGGUGAACGUCACCUAUUCCUCCGGGGGUCAUAUAGCUGGGAUCCAAAGGGGUACUAUGUCCGAAAGAAUGGAAUACGACCAAGCAGGCAGAAUUUCAUCCAGAAUGUUUGCAGACGGCAAAUCUUGGACCUACACGUAUUUAGAGAAGUCCAUGGUCCUGCUUCUUCACAGUCAGCGGCAGUACAUUUUUGAAUUCGAUAAGAACGAUCGCUUGUCGUCCGUAACGAUGCCCAACGUAGCUCGGCAGACCUUGGAGACACUUCGAUCAAUUGGCUACUACAGGAAUAUCUACAGGCCUCCAGAAGGCAACGCCACGGUGGUCGAAGACUUCAAUGAGGAAUGGCAACUCCUUCACACCUAUUACUUGGGGACCGGAAGACGGGUCAUCUACAAGUACGGCAAGCUGUCCAAACUGGCAGAGAUGCUCUAUGACACCACCAAAAUCAGCUUCAGCUACGAUGAGACCGCAGGCAUGUUGAAGACCAUCAACCUCCAGAACGAAGGGUUCACCUGUACCAUCAGGUACCGACAGAUCGGGCCCCUCAUUGACCGCCAGAUUUUCCGUUUCACGGAAGAAGGCAUGGUGAACGCCCGUUUCGAUUACAACUACGACAACAGCUUCCGGGUGACCAGCAUGCAAGCCGUGAUCAACGAAACCCCGUUGCCUAUUGACCUCUACCGUUACGAUGAUGUGUCGGGCAAAACCGAGCAAUUUGGCAAAUUUGGAGUGAUCUAUUAUGACAUCAACCAGAUCAUCACCACGGCGGUCAUGACCCACACGAAACAUUUUGACGCGUACGGUCGGAUGAAGGAAGUUCAGUACGAAAUAUUCAGGUCCCUCAUGUACUGGAUGACCGUACAGUACGACAACAUGGGGAGAGUGGUGAAAAAGGAAUUGAAAGUGGGCCCUUACGCCAAUACCACAAGGUACUCGUACGAAUACGACGCCGACGGCCAAUUGCAGACGGUGUCCAUCAACGAGAAACCGCUCUGGAGAUACAGUUACGACCUCAAUGGGAAUCUCCAUUUGUUGAGUCCCGGCAACAGCGCCCGUCUGACGCCGCUGAGGUACGAUCUCAGGGACCGGAUUACGAGACUAGGCGACGUGCAGUAUAAGAUGGACGAAGAUGGCUUCCUGAGGCAAAGGGGGAAUGACAUUUUUGAGUACAACUCCGCAGGACUUCUCAUCAAGGCCUACAACAAAGGCAACAAGUGGAGCGUGAAGUAUCAUUAUGACGGGCUUGGAAGGAGAGUCUCCAGCAAAACCACCCACGGUCAUCAUCUGCAGUUCUUCUACGCGGACCUCACCAACCCCACCAAGGUCACCCAUCUGUACAACCACUCCAGCUCAGAGAUUACCUCUCUCUAUUACGACCUUCAGGGUCACCUCUUUGCCAUGGAGGUGAGCAGUGGAGAUGAAUUCUACAUCGCUUGCGACAACAUCGGGACCCCCUUGGCGGUCUUCAGCGGAACGGGCCUCAUGAUCAAGCAGAUCCUUUACACGGCUUACGGAGAGAUCUACAUGGAUACCAACCCAAACUUCCAAAUUAUCAUCGGUUAUCACGGAGGUCUGUACGAUCCCCUCACCAAACUCAUCCACAUGGGGAAGAGAGACUACGACGUCCUAGCCGGAAGGUGGACCAGCCCCAAUCACGGCAUAUGGAAACGUCUCAGCCACAGCAACAUCAUGCCCUUCAACCUCUACAUGUUCAAAAACAACAAUCCGAUCAGUAACGCCCAGGAUAUCAAAUGCUACAUGACAGAUGUCAACAGCUGGCUGCUUACCUUUGGUUUCCAGUUGCACAACGUCAUCCCUGGGUAUCCUAAACCUGAAAUGAACGCUAUGGAGCCAUCCUAUGAGCUCACCCACACCCAGCUGAAAACCCAGGAAUGGGACAAUAGCAAGUCGAUCUUAGGGGUGCAAUGCGAAGUGCAGAAACAGCUGAAGGCCUUUGUCACGUUGGAGAGCUUUGAACAGAUCUACACGUCGAGCAUCGCCGGGUGCCAGGAAAUCAAGGAGAACCGCCAUUUUGCCUCGGGAGACUCCAUCAUCGGCAAGGGGGUCAAAUUUGCCAUGAAAGAUGGGCGGGUGGCCACCGAUAUCAUUAGCAGCGCCAACGAGGACGGGCGGAGAGUCGCCGCCAUCCUCAACAACGCCUAUUACCUGGAGAACUUGCACUUCACCGUCGACGGCACCGACACCCACUACUUUGUCAAGCCAGGGCCGUCGGAGAGCGACUUGUCGAUCCUCGGCCUCAGCGGGGGACGGCGAACCUUGGAGAACGGUGUCAACGUCACCGUCUCUCAAAUCAACACCGUGCUCAGCGGGAGGACUAGACGCUACACGGACAUCUCGCUCCAGUUCGGAGCCCUGUGCCUCAACACCCGAUACGGGACCACGUUAGACGAGGAGAAGACCCGUGUCUUGGAAUUGGCCCGGCAACGGGCCGUGGCUCACGCCUGGGCCCGGGAGCAACAGAGACUGCAGGAUGGGGAGGAGGGUAGCCGGUCCUGGACAGAGGGGGAGAAGCAGCAACUGCUGAACACGGGACUCGUUCAGGGGUACGACGGCUACUUCGUCAUCUCCGCCGAACAAUAUCCAGAACUGUCCGACAGCGCAAACAAUAUCCAUUUUAUGCGACAGAGCGAGAUGGGGAGAAGGUGACAGAGAGGGGACGAUGCGUUGACUUCUUGCCAAAGACAGCUGCUUGAGACUGUGAUGUACUUGAGCCUUCGUUUUUUUUUUUCUAAACAAAAAGAAAAACAAACAGACACACGCAAAAGAACUUUACGGAAAACAGGCAAGGUGGAGGAAGAACAUGGUGGCACCAUAGCUCAGGCAACAUCCUUUAUUUUAGAUAAAUUUUUUUUGUUUGUUUUUAAAGUGGCUUUCUCACCUUUGGCUGUUAUUCCUUCCCCCCUUUCUCGGCUCCUAUCCGUCUUCUCUUUUUUCGAAGUGUCAUUUCGCCAUUGUGUGUGAGCCCCUUGUGCAAAAAGGCUUGAAGGUUGGGGAGGUGUUGGGUUUAAAUCCCCUGGUUACUUGUUCGUUGGUUUUCUUUCGUUGUGUUUCUUUUUUUCUUUUUUCUUUUUUAACGGGGUGAAGAAAAGAGGGGAAAAAAGAGCCUCUGUAUUAGGUUUGGGUUAACCUUUCCUAGUGGGGUUGGAGAAAAAAUAAAUAAAUAAGAGGAUUUAUGAGGAACGAAAACAGGAAGAAGAAGGAGGAGGCAUCGUGGCGAAGAAAAAUUCACAAUUUCCUGCAACGCCAUGCGGAAAAACUGGAGAUGGAGAGGGAAACCCGUCCAGGUCCGAAAUGGCCCUUCAAACAUUUUGUGAGCCUCAAAACAAGUACUUAUGGGGUCGUUUUUACAUUUGCCAUUCUUUCUGGCUAAACCCUGCAGUUUUCGGGUGAUUUGCAGAAAGUAGGCCAAAACCGCUGCAUCUUAAAGACUCGUAAGCUCGAUCCUUUCUCUUUUUUAAAUUUUUAUUUUUAAAUGGGUCUUUUUUUUUUUUUACUACGAUAGGCUAUUUUGUUCACCGGUUUGUUUUCUGCUGUCGUGUGACAGAGGACGUGUCUUUUUUUUUGUCAUUCGGGAAAAAAAAACACCCCAUAGCAGCUAUCGGAGCGGAGUGGGGAAGAACAAAAAAAAAGAAAAAAGGAAAAUCACACUAUUGCUGCACAUACUGUUAGAUGGGAAACACCAAUGAUGUAUAUUUGUCAACAGUAAACCCUCCUUAAAUAUAUAGUAUUUCUGUA